GUGAACAAAGUGGUAGUUGGGUCAAUGGAUGGGCUUGGGUUAAUAAGGUUGGGUGGGGGCAGGAAUUGGAUUUGGAUCUGUGGAUAUGAUUCUCCUUUGGAUCACGUCAACACGCAUUUCCAGGCCCACUGAUGUCAGCUUACAGCUACGCACCACUUCCCCAUAUGAUGCCAGCUUGCGACGCUCCCAUUAUCUGUUGUUUUUCAAUAAAAUACCGCAAAAAAAAUAUUGGUUUCGUAAAAAUUGCGUCAUUUCGCUGAUCACAACACGACGUCACUUUCCCACAAAGUUAUCCAAUCUUUUCCUAAAUUUGUUAUUAUCAACAACAAAGUUAUCGAGAUGAACGUCCUAAAUUGUCCAUCUAACUCCAAAGCAACUCUUAUUUAUACUUGAAUGCAAG